UUCUUUGCAGAUGUUUCCUCUUCAGACAAUAUCACUUUUGGAAUAAAGGGGAUAUUUAAUUUCUUUUGGGAAUGGAAGCCUUCAAGUGCAAAUUGCUCAUUAAAGUAUUUAAAAGAAAUGAUAUCAUUAAGAAAUGGAUACAAAGCAAAGGAGGAAGGUUUAUCACCACAUUGGGGAUUUGAGAUUUCAGGAUUCAAGACAUUUGAUAUGAAUGAUAAACUCUCUCUUCAUGUUAAAACUGAGUGCAAUAACCUGGCAAUAGAAACACUCAACAAAACUGUACAGCUGGCACCAGGUGAUGAACAAACAGCUGUAAUCAAUUUCCACUGCGUUUGGCAUUAUCAGGAACAUGUAAAGUGCACUUGGCAAUCUGGACCAAAUACUCCACCCAACACAACUUACCGCAUCUUUUACUGGAUGAAGGACACCUCAACAUCAAAAAGAAUGUAUACACUGGCAGAGUUAUGGGACUUAUUUGAAACUGGAAGGACCUGUGAG